CGUCAAACCGGGGAAAGCGGGAGCGGUUGUUUUGAUUUUUAGUUGGACGAACUAACAUUUGACAAAUGAGAUAAUCAAAAUGCGAAAAUCUGUAUCAAGUUCGUAUGGCAGAAGAGCAUCCUCUAUGGAGCGUUCCUCCCUGUCAGGAUCUCAUGGAUCUCACAGCCGGCGUGCAUCAUCCCAAGACCGGUCAUCCAUGUCAGGUGGUCCCCUGCGUGUCAAUACAGAUUCUAACAGAAAGAGUGGCAUACCACAGCAAAAAUGGUCGAGUCAAUAUUCACAGGGUUCAUCAAACAGUGGUGCUCACCGUAAUGCUGUUUCAAGAUACAGUUUUUAUGGGUCUAACCAGCAGCAAAAAAAAAGAAUGUCGCGGGGGAGUGGAAUGGGGAUGAGAGGUCAUACUGGAAUUACUAAAGAUCCUCGACCAAUCUCUAACAAAUCCUACCAACAAUCAUGUAUUAAAGACCUUGUCAUGUUUUUAACAGAAAGACAGUUUCCUCAGUCUAUAUCUCCUAAAGUGCUACAAUCGCCCACUGGUGGAGACUUCAUGAAGAUAUUUGAGUUUAUAUAUGGUUUUCUGAACCCGAAAUGUUCAGUUAGCAGGGAUGAUGUACCGAAGAUUUUUAAGCAGCUUGGCUAUCCGUUCACUAUUACAAAGAGUUCCAUGCACUCUGUUGGCAGUCCUCAUACCUGGCCCACUCUAUUGGCAGGCCUCAACUGGCUCGUCAAUCUCAUAAGGUGGGGGCUUUCAGGAGAAAUUGAGAGUUCCUAUUUCCCUUCUGUAGAUGAUGAUUUUGAAAAUUCUGUUCCAGAGACCAAGAUCAUGUACUACUAUUUUGAACAAACGUACAGUGCAUACAUGGCAGGACAAGACAGCUUUGAGGACUAUGAUGAACAACUUGAAAAGAAAAUGUAUGAGAGAUGUUGUGGUACAGCCGGUGGCAAUGAUUCACUGGAGAUGGAGCACAAAAGAUUACGGGCAGAACUGGAAUUACUGGAGAAUGAUAUGGAAGGCCAAAAAACCACAAAGGAGGCAAGAGACAUACUCAAACUGGAUGAUGAGCGCUACAUGGAUCACCUGUCCCAGAUAGACAUACACAGACAAGGGCUAGAGAAACAGUGUGCAGAGGCUGAGGAGGAGCUCAAUGAAGCCAUGGCUGAUGCAAAAUGUGCUGAAUCCAAUAAACAGAAGAUGAAUGCAUUGUUUGAGGAUCAGAAAUUGUCCCAAGCUGAUGUGGAACGUAUCAAGUUGAAUGGACGAGAGCUACAGAGACAACGGCAAGAGGCAGAACGUCGAGAGUCAGAGACAGACAAGGAAAUCUGGGAGAAAGAGAUGGAACUGUCAAAAGAACAUGAAAAGCUGGAGGAACAUUGUAAUGAAUACAACAAGCUGGCUCAGAAACUGAAACUCAUACCUUUAUCGGCAGAGAAUGCUUACGGAGUGGACUAUGAACUGAAGCCUUCCUACCUGGGCUAUAUGGAUUCCAGAUUUACAGAUACAAUCAAGCCUGCCCUGCUACAGCUGAAGAAGCAAUGCAGUGCCUCUGUGCACACCAAGUCCACUGAGAUGAUGCAGGUCCAAGAGUCCCUGGAACAGGUGCAUGAGUAUGUCAACGAGAUGAAAGAUGACAUCAACAUGUUGGAGAGUCGGAGUAAACGUAUGGGGGACGAGCUGGAGUGUAAAAAACAGGUUUUCCAACGUGAGUUCCAGCAGGCUCAGGAGGAGAUGGAGAGCUUACAGCGUGAGUUGAUGGAGCUACAAACCUUCUCACAGAUCAGCUUACAAGAUGCCAACAGGGAUCUCAAGAAUGCAUACAAAGCAUUUGAACAAAGCAAGAUGGAGAUUGCAGAGACGGAGAAAGCAUACCGCAGGUUUAUGAAUGAUACCACAAAUAUUGUCACUACACACUUGGAAAAAAUACAGGGUCGAUUUGCUGAUUUGUAUCAGGAGUCCGAGCAGGUGUUAGUACAGGUGCGACGAGAGGCCCAGGAAAACCAGGCACUUCUCAAAGAGUUUGAACCACCGUCAUAGACAGAUUUGAAAGGAAAAUUUCUUAAAUAUGCUCUUUGGAGGAAAAUGACUAUUUUAAAGAACUGAGGAGUUUUUAAUCCCCAUAUACUUUACCUCUAACUUUGUGCUAAAAUGUGGCUGAAAUCUUCCUUCGGAUAAUUAUACUACCAUAAUAUUCGUUACGACGAAUGAUGACAAUAUAUUAACAUCAGUAUCAGAAAAUAACAGAACUGAAUUGUAAGAAUAGUUUUAAUACUUGUUAACCUGUGCUUAUAUGUGAUUUUUGCUAUGAAGACCUAAAAUUUACCAGAAACGUCAUUGCAAGAAAGGAAUAUCCAAAGAAAAUGGCUAUUGAAUCCUUCUGUAUUAUUUCUUGUGUAACCAUAGGUUGUUUUGAUCUACCAAGAUUGGUAGUUGGAGAAACUUUAUUUAACACCAGUUUGUACAUUUGAUAAAUGUAUUAAUGUCGUAGCCAGCCAUCUAUAAAGAUAAAUAGCAUGUGUCUGGAAUAUUGCAUUACAUCAAAAUCUACACUGUUAUAGGUUUUCUUUCUCUAUUAGUUACCAGAGUUACCUAGGCAGUGUGGAGAACUGCCUUUCUGUCCUUCUCUGCUCAAUUCUUUUCUCAUUCUUGUUCUUUUUCUAUUCUUUUUUUGAACUUACCUGUUGACACUUUCUCCCUUGAGAUAGAUUAGCACUCAAUACCAAUCCACCUAAUUAAACAUUUUAACUUGUCAUUUGGCCAUCAGAAAUCUACAGCUAUUAUGGAGAGCCCUGAACACAAAUAUUUCAAGUUUGUAGUCGAGCUGUUAAAUCAGGUUUUGAAGAAUGAGAUCCACUUUGUAAUAGCAUCCCAAUACUUAAUAUUCAGUAAUACUAGCAAAUGUUUUAAAAACUUUUAUUUAUGAAUCAUGUGCUAUUAAAUACAUGAAAUAAAUUGAAAUGUCAGCAUAUUAUACAGGG